UAUAGUGUGGUUGUUCCAUUCAGUUCUCAAGUGUCUCUCUCCGAAUUCCUUACCCACACCUUUCCUUCGCUUCGAUUAAAAAUGGAGGACUAGACUCAGCAUAAUUAUUACUAUUUGUUAAAUAAAACUGUUUUCAUCUCUGGUUGCUCAGAAUUAUCGAUUGUUUUGGUUUGGGUUUUCAUUUACUUCAACAGAAAGCAAUGAGAAGUGGCAGAAUUCAGAGUUCUGCUUCCUGCUCAGCCUCAUCUUCUUCCACAUUUCCUCAUCCUCCAUGCCUCUCCUCUGCUUCUCGCCAUUGCAAGUUCCCUCGUCUACUGUCGCCUCGAGCUCUGUCUCUCUCUCAAAGGGUGUCCAGAAAUUGCCUCGUCCCUGAGACAACUCAGUUUUCAUUUUCUAAACAGUCCAGUACCAAUAGGAAACGUUUGUUUCCCGUGAACGUGGGAGCUUUGGUGACUUCAAACACUGAAGCUAUCUCCACUGGGCCUCUUGUUGCCGAGGAAAAGAUUGGAGUGUUGUUGUUGAACCUUGGAGGUCCCGAGACCCUUGAUGAUGUGCAGCCCUUCUUGUUUAACCUUUUUGCCGACCCGGAUAUUAUACGGCUACCGAGGUUGUUCCGUUUUUUGCAAAAGCCGUUGGCACAAUUUAUAUCUGUUCUUAGAGCUCCUAAGAGCAAGGAAGGCUAUGCUUCGAUUGGUGGUGGUUCUCCUCUUCGACGAAUAACUGAUGAUCAGGCUGAAGAAUUAAGAAAGUCACUUUGGGCGAAGGAUGUCCCUGCAAAAGUGUACGUUGGUAUGCGUUACUGGCAUCCAUUCACUGAAGAAGCAAUUGAGCAGAUAAAAAGGGAUGGAAUUACAAAGCUUGUUGUACUACCACUUUAUCCUCAAUUUUCAAUAUCAACUAGCGGUUCAAGCCUUCGACUCUUGGAAAGUAUAUUUCGCGAUGAUGAGUAUCUAGUGAACAUGCAGCAUACAGUCAUACCUUCUUGGUAUCAACGUGAAGGAUAUAUAAAAUCUAUGGCAAAUUUAAUUGAAAAAGAGUUGCAAAAGUUUGACCGUCCUGAAAAGGUGGUAAUAUUUUUUAGUGCACACGGGGUGCCACUUGCGUAUGUAGAAGAGGCAGGUGAUCCUUACAAGGCAGAGAUGGAAGAAUGUGUGGACUUGAUAAUAGAGGAGUUAGAGAAGAGGAAGAUCACUAAUGCAUACACUCUUGCUUAUCAGAGCAGAGUUGGGCCUGUGGAAUGGUUGAAGCCCUACACUGAUGACACAAUAGUUGACCUAGGGCGAAAAGGAGUUAAAGGUCUUCUGGCUGUACCAAUUAGCUUUGUCAGCGAGCAUAUUGAAACUCUUGAAGAGAUAGAUGUUGAGUAUAAAGAAUUGGCUUUAGAAUCCGGUAUACAAAAUUGGGGUCGUGUUCCUGCAUUAGGAUGUGAACCAAUGUUCAUUUCAGACUUGGCAGAUGCUGUAAUUGAGAGUCUUCCAUAUGUUGGAGCUAUGGCAGUUUCAAAUCUUGAAGCUAGACAGUCAUUAGUUCCACUUGGAAGUGUGGAAGAGUUAUUGGCAACUUAUGAUUCGCAACGAAGGGAGCUUCCAGCACCGGUGACCGUUUGGGAAUGGGGUUGGACGAAAAGUGCUGAAACUUGGAAUGGCAGAGCAGCCAUGCUGGCAGUGCUUGUGCUGCUGCUACUGGAGGUCACAACUGGAGAGGGAUUUCUGCACCAGUGGGGAAUAUUGCCGUUGUUCCACUAAAUCCGACACACUCUCUCUCUCUCUGCCUGAAAAGUGUAAAUUUUGAUAAGCAACAAAGCUAUAUAGCAUUCUAAUAGAGCAUAUUUUAAUAGGGAAAGUAUAUUGGGAUUGGAUGCUGAGAUUUUAAUAUUUAAUUAAAUCCAUUGGCCACACACUGAUUCGGGGAAUAGUUUUAAGACUUUACUUGAGACACAAGUAGCCGUGCAUGGUAAUUUGUUGCGACUUUACCUGUUGUGGAGUUUGCAUUCCUUAUUAUGGCAGUAGUAAUAUAAUCGAUGUAUUGUAAUGAUCUUUACUUGUUAUGGCAAUAAAAUAGUUUGCUUUUCUUCUAUCA